GUAAAGGAGCUGAUGCCUCAUCUGACCUACAACGGAAAGGGAAGGAUCGCUGUGGAUUCCAUAAUGGAGGGUCUGAGGAAGAUCACACACCCAGCCACUGGCCACAUGGCAGUUUCAGAACUUAAAUCAAAACUUAAGCUGAAUCCUCUCAAAGUGCCUGUCUUCCACAGCAAGAGCUCUUUCCUCAGGAAUAGAGAUUUACCAAGACCCCUUCGAUGCCAUUUGCAACACCGAGAAAGGCUGAGCCCAUCACAAAUGGAAGCCUUCCAAGAGGCCUACAACUUCUUCAGCAAGGAUAAAACUGGCUGCAUCGAUCUCAACGGGAUGAUGAGCACUCUGGCUCGAUUAGGGAUGGUGCUGGCCAAGCCCGAAGUCUACAGUGAACUGAAAUGUGCUGACCUUGAUCGAGAUGGCAAAGUGAGCUUCUCGGACUUCUUGAAGGUGCUGACAGACAGGAGCCGCUUCCUCCAGGCUGUGGUUCCAGAAAAAGAAACCUGUUUAAACCCAACCAGCAACCCAGGCACCCUAUUAUUUGAAAUCCUAUCAAAGCUUAUAGAGACUUCGGCCCUGCCCAGAAAGACUAUAAUGGACAUAGUGAGCUACUUCCGAAAAAAGUUCCAGGAUAUCAGCGCAGAAGAACCGUGGCACCCAAACGCGGCGGGUUAUGCAAAGAGAAGAGGGACGCCGGGCGUGGGCGUGACUUCCGGCUCCAGCACGGCGGCCUUUGCCAACGCUGCCCGCAUCGCGAUCACCAGCGAAAAGGACCUAUUUAAAUUUCUUGAAGAGUUUAAGAGACGCAGUUUCCCUUCAGAUAGCCCGUACUCUAAAAUACCCAUCUUCCCAUUGUUUCCUAAUGUGGAUGCUGUGGUGACAGGGAAGCCUUUCAGGGACAUACAGAAGUUCGAGAUGCUAAGGAGAAGAGAGCCUCUGAAUUUCUUUGAGGACUACUUCUUCCACAAAAAAGACUGGAAAGCACAGGCAGCAGGCAUGAAGCCCAUCAACCCUCCCCUGAGCUACUCAGAGGACAUCCUGGUCCUGGGCCAGAUGUUCAGGAAAAAGCAGGCAUGGACGGUAGCCGACGCAGCUGCUAUAAAGCAGCAGGUGAAGAGAGCUACAGACACCUACCAUUUAGGAAUUGCCCUUGAACACCAGAAAGGAAUGCUCAAUCUCUGGCAGAAGAUCCGAGGGGAUUUGAUUGGAAUAGACACUAAAAAUGAGUCUUUUUAUGACACGUUUUCUACCUAUACGUGGUCCUGGAAUGUUUGCCAAGAGUUACUUUCUGCGAAGGACUUAAGGUUGUUUGACACUUACGUGCACAGGAAUUCCUGCCCCCACUCCGAGUUCUCUUCCUCGUCGGAUACCAGUGAGUAUGACUCAGAGAGGGACAGAAAAAGAAAACGGAAAAGUUUCAAAGGAUUUCGCCAGUGAAAUUUCUACAUUUUCUAAACAGCUCAUCGAAGACUACUUUUUCAUAAUUAUCAAAAUUAUGGUUUCUUGCUUUUCUCUAGUACAUUCUUAGCAGCUGGAAAUUUUGACAUCUUUUGAAUUGCAACCAAUAAAA